AUGGCAACCCUGACAACAAUGCACAAUAACCAACCGCGCCAACGCAUGGUUCAAAACUGCCUCUUAGUUUGGGUGGAUGCCAACAUCGAUGAAAAGGACCAAGACUGUCAGAACACUUUGACACACUUACGAAGUGUUGUCAAUGAUGUCAAUAUAUGCAGUCAACCAGAUGCUUGCGUUCAAUUCCUCAACAGCAUUGGUGACGAAAAAGCUUUCGUCAUCACAUCGGGAUCCUUAGGUCAACACUUAGUUCCCGAGAUUCACGACAUACCGCAAGUGAAUACCAUCUACAUAUUCUGUAGCAACAAAUCCACACAUGAAACCUGGACGAAGAGCUGGUCAAAAGUCGAAGGUGUUCACACAAAUAUCAAAGAAAUCUGUGAAGCACUGACCACGGGUGUUAAACAGCACAAUCAAGAUUCCAUCGCCAUGAGUUUUGUCACCGUAAGACGAGAGAGUUCUAAUGCCGAUCUCAAUCAACUGGAACCCAGUUUUAUGUACACGCAAAUAUUUAAGAAGAUCCUCCUCGACAUGGAGCAUGACAAGCAAGCAAUCAAAGACCUGGCCAAUUACUGUCGUCAGCGUUUUCAAGACAACAUCGUAGAGCAAAGGGUUAUCGGUGAGUUUGAAUGUAACUAUCGUCCAGACAAGGCCAUUUGGUGGUAUACACGUGAGUGUUUUACUUACAAAAUGCUCAAUCAAGCACUUCGUACUUUGGAUGGCGAAGUCAUUAUUAACAUGGGAUUUUUCCUUCAUGAUUUACACAAACAAAUACAACAACUACAUCAAGUACAAGUCAGUAGUUACGGGCGAAAACCUCUCGUAGUCUACCGUGGACAGGGACUAUGUAAGAAAGAUUUUGACCAGUUAUCCAAAACUGUAGGUGGUCUUUUAUCGUUCAACAACUUUUUAUCCACCAGUAUCAAACAAGAGAAAUCUCUUGUGUUCACCUACAGCGCUCUCCGUGAUCCCGACAAGGUGGGUGUUCUGUUCGUGAUCACAAUCGAUCCGACUAUUGGUACUACUCCAUUCGCAUCAAUCGGGGAUCUUAGUUAUUUCGAACGCGAAGCAGAGAUCCUGUUUUCCAUGCACACCGUGUUUCGAAUAGGUACUAUUCGACAACUGGGUGACAAGAAAAAACUUUACCAUGAGGUACAACUUCAGUUGACUGCUGAUGACGAUCCACAACUCCGUGUAUUAACGGAUCAUAUUGAAAGUGAAGUUGGCGGGGGUACAGGAUGGCAACGUUUGGGCCACUUAUUGCUUAAACUUGAACAGUUGGAAAAAGCAGAAGAACUCUACAGUGUGUUACUGGAACAAACGUCUGAUAACAAUGACAGAGCACAUUACUAUCAUCAACUUGGCUUCCUGCAAAAUCGGCAAGGUAAUUAUACAAUGGCUAUAGAAUACUGUGAAAAAGCACUUGAAAUCGACGAACAAACUCUUCCCUCAAAUCACCCUUCGUCCGCUGCUUCCUACAACAACAUCGGUGGGGUGUAUGACAACAUGGGAGAGUAUUCUAAAGCACUUUCAUUCCAUGAGAAAGCACUUGAAAUUAGAGAAAAGAAUCUUCCUUCGAAUCACCCGGAUUUGGCUACUUCGUACAACGACAUCGGUUUGGUGUACAUGGAUAUGGGAGAUCAUCCGAAAGCACUUUCAUUCUAUGAAAAAGUACUUCAAAUCCAACAAAAAUCUCUUCCUUCGAAUCACCCUCAUUUGGCUACUUCUUACAACAACAUCGGUACGGUGUACAAGAACAUGGGAGAGUAUUCGAAAGCGCUUUCAUUCUAUGAAAAAGCACUUGAAAUCGACGAAAAAUCUCUACCUUCGAAUCACCCUCAUUUGGCUACUUCGUACAACAACAUCGGUGGGGUUUACAAGAACAUGGGAGAGUAUUCUAAAGCACUUUCAUUCUAUGAAAAAACACUUGUAAUUCAGGAAAAAACUCUUCCAUCGAAUCACCCGGAUUUGGCUACUUCGUACGGGAACAUCGGUUUGGUUUACAUGAACAUGGGAGAUCAUCCGAAAGCACUUUCAUUCCAUGAAAAAGCACUUGAAAUUAGAGAAAAGAAUCUUCCUUCGAAUCACCCGGAUGUGGCUACUUCGUACAACAACAUCGGUGGGGUGUAUGACAACAUGGGAGAGUAUUCUAAAGCACUUUCAUUCUAUGAAAAAGUACUUGAAAUUAGAGAAAAAUCUCUUCCUUCGAAUCACCCUCAUUUGGCUACUUCGUACAACAACAUCGGUGGGGUUUACAAGAACAUGGGAGAGUAUUCUAAAGCACUUUCAUUCUAUGAAAAAACACUUGUAAUUCAGGAAAAAACUCUUCCAUCGAAUCACCCGGAUUUGGCUACUUCGUACGGGAACAUCGGUUUGGUUUACAUGAACAUGGGAGAUCAUCCGAAAGCACUUUCAUUCCAUGAAAAAGCACUUGUAAUUCAGGAAAAAACUCUUCCUUCGAAUCACCCUCAUUUGGCCACUUCGUACAACGACAUCGGUUUGGUCUAUAACAGCAUGGGAGAGCAUUCUAAAGCACUCUUAUUCCAUGAAAAAGCACUUGUAAUUCAGGAAAAAACUCUUCCUUCGAAUCACCCUCAUUUGGCCACUUCCUACAACAACAUCGGUGUGGUGUAUGACAACAUGGGAGAGCAUUCUGAAGCACUUUCAUUCCAUGAAAAAGCACUUUCAUUCCAUGAAAAAGCACUUUCAUUCCAUGAAAAAGCACUUGAAAUUAGAGAAAAGAAUCUUCCUUCGAAUCACCCUGAUUUGGCUACUUCGUACAACAACACCGGUUGGGUCUACAGUAACACUAAGGACUAUUCGAAAGCAAUUACUUUUUUCGAACGCGCUUUGGACAUUCUGCAACGUGCAUUACCGGCGAAUCACCCUCAUAUAAAGUUUGUGAAAGAAAGUAUCGAAAAUUGUAAAGGAGCAAUGAAGGAAUAA